CUUCAAAAUCGGCGAUUCAGGCACUACCAGAUGUUUUUCCUGCGGAUGACUUUUCUUCUUCUUGGGCGUGUGCUGUGUGUAUGGAUGACGAGAUUGAUGCAAAGGAUGGGGCGAAACAGCUACCCUGUGAACACAUAUUUCAUACACAUUAGCUUGGGUGCCGCGGCGACUAGGAUCGUUUCAUAGCCUCUCCUCUUCCGCCUAAAUUGAGUUUGUUCCAAGAUUUCAAAUGUUUAUAUAAAUUAGAUGCCUCUUUGUUUUCACCUCGCUCGCCCAUUAAUUCUUAUUUCAAAAUCCACCGAUUUACAGAAAUCAAUAGCUUUGAGAAUUUCUCACAAAUCUUUCAUUUCGAAAUCGGAGGACUCAUCGGUGAAACUAGAAGAUUUCUACGUCAGUUUCUUGCAACGGUGUGUUCAAACCUCGGAUUCCCGCCAUGGAUCUGCAAUUCAUGCGAAGUUCCUCAAAGGGUUUCUUCCAUUUUCUCUUUUCUUCCACAACCAUGUACUUAACUUGUAUGUCAAAUGUGGACGUCUAUCAUAUGGCCUGCAACUGUUCGACGAAAUGCCUGAGAGAAAUGUGGUGUCAUGGUCUGCAAUCAUUGCUGGGUUCGUCCAACAUGGCCGACCCAACGAAGCCCUCUCUCUAUUUGGGCGUAUGCAUUGCGAUGGCACGAUAAUGCCAAACGAGUUCACUCUUGUAAGUGCUCUCCAUGCUUGUUCUUUAACUCAGAGGCUGAUAUGUUCAUACCAAAUUUAUGCAUUUAUUGUUCGCUUAGGGUAUGGGUCGAAUGUUUUUCUCAUGAAUGCGUUCUUAACUGCUCUAAUUAGGCAUGAGAAAUUGCUAGAGGCUUUAGAAGUUUUCGAGAGUUGUUUGUCCAAAGAUACUGUAUCUUGGAAUGCAAUGAUGGCUGGUUAUUUGCAAUUGGCAUAUUUUGAACUGCCGAAGUUUUGGCGCCGGAUGAAUCUCGAGAGUGUUAAGCCUGAUAAUUUUACAUUUGCUAGCAUCUUAACUGGAUUGGCUGCUCUCUCUGAAUUUAGACUGGGGUUGCAAGUUCAUGGUCAGCUUGUGAAAAGUGGAUAUGGGAAUGACAUUUGUGUAGGGAAUUCCUUGUGUGAUAUGUACAUUAAGAAUCAGAAGUUGUUAGAUGGUUUUAAAGCUUUUGAUGAAAUGUCUUCAAGUGAUGUAUGCUCUUGGACCCAGAUGGCCUCAGGGUGUCUCCAGUGUGGGGAACCAAUGAAAGCUCUCGAGGUCAUUUAUGAGAUGAAAAACGUCGGCGUGAGGUUAAAUAAGUUCACCCUUGCAACUGCCUUGAAUAGUUGUGCCAAUUUGGCAUCCAUUGAAGAAGGAAAGAAAUUCCAUGGAUUGAGAAUUAAACUUGGAACUGAUGUUGAUGUUUGUGUUGAUAACGCUCUACUUGAUAUGUAUGCAAAAUGUGGAUGCAUGACCAGUGCAAAUGUCGUAUUUCGUUCGAUGGAUGAACGAUCUGUCGUCUCAUGGACUACUAUGAUUAUGGGAUUUGCACAUAAUGGUCAAACAAAAGAAGCCCUUCAAAUCUUUGAUGAAAUGAGAAAAGGAGAAGCUGAACCUAACCACAUCACCUUCAUUUGUGUUCUCAAUGCUUGUAGUCAAGGAGGUUUCAUUGAUGAAGCAUGGAAAUACUUCUCUUCCAUGAGUGCUGACCAUGGGAUUGCACCUUCAGAAGAUCACUAUGUGUGUAUGGUGAAUCUAUUAGGCCGAGCUGGGUGUAUAAAGGAAGCCGAGGAUUUGAUCCUACAAAUGCCGUUUCAACCUGGUUCAUUGGUCUGGCAAACAUUGCUCGGUGCUUGCUUAGUUCAUGGUGACAUAGAGACAGGAAAACGAGCAGCUGAGCACGCGUUGAAUUUGGAUCGAAAUGAUCCAUCGACUUACAUCUUGUUAUCAAACAUGUUUGCUGGUGGUAAUAACUGGGACGGUGUUGGAAGUUUGAGAGAACUAAUGGAAACUAGGGAUGUAAAGAAAGUACCUGGAUCAAGUUGGAUGUCAAACAUGAGAAGAACUAUUGAUUGAUUCGUUCAUCUGAUUUAAAGAUUUUUUAUUAAAUAAAUAGUUUAGUGUAUGAGAUCUAUUUCUCCUUUUUUU